AUGGUGUUCAUUCACAGACUUUUCCUUCUGUGCUCCUGUUUCCUUGUCGCCGCCUGUCUUGCCACCUACGAUGGUCCUGGACAAUACAACUACGGUGUCAACGCCCGCCUGCGACUUCGCAAACGGCAAUACACCCAGUCGUUCAUCGUGAGCAGCCUCCCCCGUAUCGAUGGCAAACCGCAGUUGAGAGUUGAGCUCCGAGAUCUGGAAAAAGACGAGGACAAGUGGAAUUUGUACCUUCUCGCUCUCAGCUGGAUGCAGUACACGGACCAAGAGUCGCCCUUCUCGUGGUACCAAAUCGCAGGCAUUCAUGGCGCGCCUGGCCUGACCUGGGCAGACGUCGAGCCGGUUCCCGGUAGCGAGAACACCGGUUACUGUACUCAUGUGUCGAUCCUCUUUCCGACUUGGCAUCGACCCUACAUGGCUCUUUACGAGCAAACGCUCUACAACAUCGUGCAAUUCAUUGCCACGCUGUACCCAUCAGACCAGUUGGAGCGAAUCCAGAAGGCAGCCGAUGCCUUUCGUAUGCCCUACUGGGACUGGGCUGCCGCCCCUCCAGAAGGAGAUAGUGUCCUCCCUCUGAGUGUUGGUGGCUCCCCCAACGUCGAGGUUUCUGGCCCAAAUGGAGUCCAGGUCAUAUCGAAUCCUCUCUUUAGCUACACAUUCAAGCCAUUCAACAGCUCUACAUUCCCGGAUGCACCCUACAAUACCUGGAACGAAACAAAACGUGCUCCUCACCCCGAAACCGAUCCCGGCGCCCUGUCAAAUGACUCUUUUGUGGCACUCGCACUAGAUAACCACCUGCCGAGUUACCAACAGCGGCUCUACAACCUGUUUGCAAACUACCCGGACUACACGAAUUUCAGCAAUGAGGCUUGGAUUCCCUUCGGUGACCCUGGUACCCUUGAUUCGAUCGAGUCCCUGCACGAUUCAGUCCACACUACCGGAGGCGGUGGAUGGGGACAUCUAGCCAUAAUCGCAUAUUCUGCUUUCGACCCUCUGUUCUUCUUGCACCACGCCAACGUCGACAGAAUAUUUGCGAUGUGGCAGGUCAUCCACAACGGCUCAUACGUGGUACCGACGCCGGCUGUCUACGGUUCCCAUACAACAUCUGCCGGGGAUAUACAAGAUGUGGAUACACCCCUUACGCCGUUCUUCUCCAACGAAACAUCGUUCUGGACGUCGGACAUGGCACGAGACCAUGAGGUCUUUGGCUACACGUAUGCCGAGGUUGUCAACAAGAACCGCACGGAAGUCAUCACCGCGAUCAAUAGACUGUACACAACGUAUAGUCCGGUUAACAUGUCCAUCAAUAGCAGCCAUACGCUGUCAUCUCGAGCUGGAACCACAGCACGGGACCACAGACUCGCUCCAGACCAUUCAGGACCUCUGAAGACCAAGGCUGCUAGAUGGAAUAGGCAUACGUCAACUCACCCACCAAUGGAUGCAGUCUUCAUCGACAACACUUAUCGAGAAUGGAUUGCCAACGUCCAAGUCAACAAGCACGCAAUGAACACCUCGUUCUCCAUUCAGAUCUUCCUGGGAGAAGCCCCCUCGGACUCCUCAUCCUGGCCUAUGGCCAAAAACCUGAUAGGCACUCUUGGGGUAUUCGCCAACAAUGGUCCUCAUGGUGGCAUGCAGCAAGGCAAGGUCACCGGAGCUAUUCCACUGACAUCAGCACUCAUGAGCGCCAUUUCCGGAGGAGAAGUUGCGAGUUUGCGAGCAGGCGAUAUGGAGCCGUUCCUGAGUACCUACCUUGACUUGCGCGUGUCGCUCCUCGACGGUACUGUCGUUGAUGCCACCGAGGUCGAGGGGCUUCGCGUCAGCAUCGUCAGCUCAUCCGUCACCGCACCCACCUCAGAUGACAAGUUGGCAAAAUGGGGUGCAGUUGAGACGCAUUUUGAUUUGUUUGCAUAA